AUGAAUAAAUCCCAAAUACAAUAUUGCACUCGUCAACAUAAAGCUGGUCAAGAGAGGAUUAUCUCAAUUUGCAUGAAUAAACAUUGUCAGAUUAGAUUAGCAUGUAGCUAUUGUUAUUAGGAUUAUCAUUUAAAUCAUGUUCAAGAUCUGAUACCAAUAAAAGAAUUCGAAGCAGUAGCUUUGAAUACUUAUAAUGAAUAGAAGCAUUUUGAAUUUAUUAGUUUAAUAGAUGAAAAAGCAAAGAUUUUGUAGAGUUUGAAAAACAAAUUGCAUGAGUAUGUUUCUCAAUUGGAAGCAGAAUUCAAUUUGGAUUGUGACAAUUUAAUAUAGAGUUUUGUUUAUAUUUAGAAUACACUACUUAAACUGUGUCACUGCCAUUAACAUUCUAUCAAAGAGGAAGAAUUAUUGACUGUCAUUAAUAGAUAUAGUAAUGUUGAAUAUAAUUCAAUUAAGCAAUCUAUCAUGUCACAAUUGAAUAGACCAAUAGAAUGCAUUAUGAAAUUGCAUGAUAUUGUGAGUAAAGAGUGCAAAAUGAUUUAGAGAAAGAAAUUUAUAAAUUCUUAUAUUUAGGAGAAGGAAUUAUAAAACUUUUAUUAAGAAAAUGUAUUGGAUUAUAAAAUGGCACCCAAGAAACACUCCUUGAUAAGAGGAACCAUGUUUACAUAGGAAUUUAUGGAGUUGGAAGGCAAAAACAAACAUUAUUAUGGUGAGAUUCAUAAAGGAGUGCCUUAUGGUCAAGGGAUACUCAUUCAAAUAGAUGAUCAAAAGAUAGAAGAAGGAAUUUGGAUUGAUGGAAAUUUAUCAUGGGGAUAAAGAUCAAUUUAAUUAAAAGGUGUGCCCUCUAUAGUGUGUGGUGAAAUGAUUGAUGGAGUUAUUAAUGGCUUAGGCAAAAUGAUAUGCAAAGAUGGUGAUUCUUAUACGGGAGAAUGGAUUAAUGGAUAGAAGCAUGGAAUGGGAAUAUAUAAGUAUGCAAAUGGUGACAUGUAUAAAGGAGAAUUUAAAUUCGAUUUGAAGGAUGGAUAGGGUACAUAUAAAGCUCAUAAUGGGGAUAUUUACAUUGGUUAAUUUGAGAAAGGGAUUAAAAAUGGGGAUGGGAAGUACAUUUCUAAAAAAGAGGAUACUUAUAUUGGGAAAUUUAAGGAUGACAAAAUAGAUGGAGAGGGUACAUAUAAAUAUCAUGACGGGAAGAUGUAUGAUGAAAUAUAAUUUUGGUUAGUCAAUAAGGAAUGCAUAAGAAUGGUCAUCCAACUGGAGUGCAUAUGA